GCUGCGUUCUUCUCUCGGCAUCAUCUCGAGUCAGUGCACAGUUUUCUGUAAUUCAGCAAGCCGUGAAUCCAACGAUGACUGACCAGCUUUGCAAACUUUUUGUCGGAGGUCUCAACGUUGACACCGACGACGAUGGUCUUCGCAAACACUUCGAGCAGUACGGUUCCCUCACCGACUGCGUGGUGGUGGUGAACAAGCAGCUGCAGCGGUCCCGUUGUUUCGGCUUUGUGACCUACUCGACACCCGAGGAGGCCGACGCAGCAAUGGCGGCAAGGCCUCACACAGUGGACGGAAGCGGCGUGGAGGUUAAGAGGGCCGUGGCGAGAGAAGACGCGAACAAACCAGAGGCCCUCGCCAAGGUUAAGAAAAUAUUCGUCGGUGGAUUGAAAGACGACAUCGAGGAGGAACACCUGACCGAGCAUUUCUCCCAGUACGGUGAAAUCGAGAAGGCCGAAGUCAUCUCGGAGAAGGAGACAGGCAAGAAGAGGGGCUUCGGCUUUGUUUACUUCAACGACCACGAUGCCGCAGACAAAGCAGUGGUGGUGAAAUUCCACACCAUCAAUGGACACAAGGUUGAGGUGAAGAAAGCCCUGACCAAGCAGGAGAUGCAGGCGUCCGGCAGGAGCGGGAUGCAGCCGAGGGGCAGAGGGGGCCGAGGCAUGCGGGGAAAUCAAAAUGGCUACGGCGCCAGAGACUACAGCGGAAACUACAACUACGGAAAUGGCGGAGGCUAUGGCGGCGGCGGAGGAUACGGAGGGGGCGGCUAUGGUGGUGGGCCAUAUGGGGGUGGUGGUGGUUAUGGAGAACAGGCUGGUGGCUAUGGAGGUGGAAACGGCUACAACGAGUUCGGCAGCGGGUAUGGUCAGCAUUCUUCCGGCUACGGGCCCAUGAAAGGGCCACCUUUCGGCGGGCAGCAGAGGAGCGCGGCUCCCUACACCAGAGGAGGCGGAGGAGGAGGGGGAGGCGGCGGUGGAUACCCACGAGGGGGCUACGGAGGCGGCGGAUACUAAUCCAACCACCCCAUCCACUGCCAUCAAUUACCUCCAGGAUUUGGACACCAAAAUCAAAUUCGUGAAAUGCCGUGAAUCCAACAAUGGCACACGGACACAGAGACCCCAUAAUCACCAGACCUCCCAACCCCCAACAGGUGUUCUUACUCGUAUUCCAGUAUGCUUUCCCAGCCAUAUAGCCGUAGCAGUUUGUUUGUAGGCUACAUCAGGACCCUGUUGAUUACCUGGGGUCGAUUGUGAUAGGAGUCUGAAAUAUCUCUUUAGGAUAUCCACAUCCAGCAAACUAGGUUGCUACGGUAACCUGGGCAUGAGGCGUCACCCCGAAAAACACUUGGGGUGUGUGUCUCCCCGCCGACGGGCAACUGGAGAGCGCUUGUGCCCUUUCCCCCUCAGGUGAUGUCAGUUUUCACAAAGGAUUCCUCAAUGUGGUCUAAAUGCAUAGGAGUCUGACCAUGGGUUUUUAUUCUGAACGGUUUUAUUGACUAUUUGGUGCAUUAUGUUUGGGAGACAUUUGAUACCACAGUGCCCCGGUGCAGUGUAAGCGUUAUUUCCCAACAACGAGCAAAUGCGAUUUUAUUCCAGAUUUUAAUCUCUUUUUUUUUUAGGAUGUGAAUACUUUAUGUGCUGCAAUAAAUAAGUUUCAAAAAAUAUAUUUUCUUCUAUUCAUUAUGACUUCUCAGAUUUAUUUUAGGACUGCUUACACGAGUUAAUGCUGACCAGGAAGAGACCAUUUGCACUUGGGUACUGUGGAUUUCAAAAAUAAAACUUUUAUUGAUUAAUAGUUUGUCUUGUGUUUUCAAUAAGUUAAAACGUUUUUUGUUAUUACAUCUGGUACAAAUUAAGUGUCAUUGUGCCAAAAUUCCUUGAAAGCUUGAAAAUGAGGUGAUCAAAAGCCACAUGCGUGAACAGCCCCACGUGUUUCUUGCGUAAUCAGGAAGUAGAGGCCAUGUUCUGCAAGAUACGGGACGUAUAUUUUACAAGAACUUCCUGUUUGGGCUGUUGGACAACUAUCAUAAACUGGGUUAUGUUAGGCUCAUUGCUCAACCUCAUUAGGGUUCACAUUUUUCAAAUUGAUAAACAUAUACCCUUUCUGAAGGUCUAGUGCCUGAAGUGGUUUGAGCAGUAAAUAAUGAAAAUGAUAGUUCACAUCUGAUAUUAAUACUGUACGGUUCUGUUCAGAGGAUGGUGAAUUUUCCUUAAUUACAAUGCACUUCAGCGUUUGAAGACAAUUCUUGUUAUGGUUGGUAAUGCGUGAGUUUUAAAUGGUUUUAUCUGAAUUUUACUGGAAAGAUUCAUAUUUGAAGUGCCCUCACACAUGAAGACAGAAAUUAGACUUUGGAAAAUAAGCUCAAGUAAGCAUAAGAGCUCAACAAUAAUCUCUUGAUGAACAAACAAUACAUCUGACAAAGUCUUUGAUUUAACUCCAACAGCUGAAGUCGGAACAUUAAACUGACAGUUUAAGACUUAGCUGGAUGAACUUAAUCGAACAAUUAACGUAAUUAACAUAAGAGGUAAUUACAGACGUAAUUCCUCAGUCAACAUUGGAGGAAAGGGUCUUGUCUGAUGUACUGUGGCGAUUCAGGGAGUCUAGUGUCACCAUAACUUGUUGGUUUAAAUGCGUGAUUAAUCCUAUGUUAUAGUGGGAAUGUACAUUUUACUUUUGUUCUUUUAUAGGAUAAUGGUGGUUAAGGAUUUCUGAUCAUCCCAUAGGAGAGGAACCAUCUGUUAUGUCAGCCGUGCUUUUUAUGAUUCUACAAUAAAUUAUAUAUUUUUAUACA